GCAUCGCGACGCGGUCGUCCCCCGAGACGCUUCAGCGCGCACCGUGUGUCUCUGUGCGUGUGCUGCCGUCGUAACACUUUCGCUGUUCGAGAUGCAUCGCUCGAGGAAGGGCAAGAAAAGUGACAAAAAGAAACGGAACAGGCAGCGUCGCGAAAAGAGUGUGGAAAGCGAGAAGACAGAUGAAGACGUUCCAGAGGACCCGGACAAGGAGAACCUUCCGUACAACGUUGAAGUCUCUGACAUCAUGGGCAGGUACCUGGUGGCUUCGCGCGACCUCCAGCCCGGAGACCUGGUGAUGCGAGAGAAGGCGCUCGUGGUCGGCCCCUGCCACGACUCGCCGCCGCUCUGCCUCGGCUGUUACAAGAGGUUCGACGCCGAAAACCGAGGAGACUACAGGUGCCCCGGCUGCGCGUGGCCGCUGUGCGGGCCGCAGUGCGCCGGCCGCGGCCAGGAGCUGGGCCACAGCGCGGCCGAGUGCGCCGCCAUGUCGGCCCACGGCACGGCGCGACGGCUGCCGGCGCCGCUGGCGUCGCCGGGCGCGCGCCUCUACUACGGCGCCGUCGCGGCGCUGCGCUGCCUGCUGCUCAAGGCGGCCGCGCCGGCGCGCUGGCGCACGCUGCUCACCAUGGAGGCGCACAACGAGCUGCGCAGGCGCAUCCCCAGCCUGUGGCGCCGCAACCAGGAGCUCGUCGUCGACACCAUCCGCUCGCUCUGGGGCAUGGACCACUUCUCCGAGGACGAGAUACACACCGUCUGCGGCAUACUAGAGGUGAACGCCUUCGAGAUCGGGCCCCAUGGGCAGAGCGCGCGCAGCCUGUUCCCGGCGGCGUUCCUCAUGUGCCACGACUGUGUGCCCAACACCAGCCACACGGACGACCAGCAAUGCGUCCUCACCGUCAGGGCGUCCACGCGCAUCCCGCAGGGACGGCCCAUCACGCUCAGCUACGCCUACACCAUGCAGAGCACGCUGAAGCGGCGCGAGCACCUGCAGGAGUCCAAGUUCUUCGCGUGCACGUGCGCGCGCUGCGCCGACCCCACCGAGCUGGGCACGAUGGUGGGCGCACUCAAGUGCCCGCGGUGCGCCUGCGACGCCGGCGUCGUGCUCUCCACGGCGCCGCUGGACCCGGACGCGCCUUGGCGCUGCACCAACGCCAAGUGCCCCGGAUACACCAUCGCCGCCGCCAACGUGCGCAUGCUCAUGGACAGGAUCGCCGAGGAGGUGGAGGCGAUCGACAGCAACGACGUGGAGGGGCUGGAGGGCUUCCUGUCGCGGUACCGCAACGUGCUGCACGACAACCACUACCACCGGCUGGGCGCCAAGCACUCGCUCAGCCAGCUGUACGGCAAGGCCGAGGGCUACACCAUCAACGUGCUGUCUGACGCGCAGCUCAAGCGCAAGCGCGACAUCUGCACCGACAUACUCUCCGUCUUCGACGUCAUCGAGCCGGGUUACUCGAGACUGCGAGGUAUCGUGCUGUACGAGCUACAUGCACCCGUCAUGAUCUUGGCAACGCGGCGCUUCGAGGCUCGCACGAUCGGCAAGCGGGAGCUGGGCCGUGACCUUAAGAAGGUGGUACGCUGCCUGGAGGAAGCCAGCCUCAUCCUCGGCUUCGAGCCUGAGGGAUCCUCGGAAGCGCUGAUGGCCGCCGCCGCCAGAGACGCACUCGACCGCCUCAGGGACUGGCAGACCGUCAUCGGCAAGCUCAACGCGUAGCUCUGUGGGCAGCAUUGAACACGAUGGCAGGGAAGUGAGCCACCACCACCAUGUUCUCAGGACAACUGGCUUGGCUCGAGAGAGCUGGAGAUGAUGGCUGUUUUAUAGUUCACACAGCUCUCGUUCUACCAAAGAUUUCCGCUGUUGAACAAGUACUUGGAUACAACCACAGGCUUAUAUUUUGCAGUCUGAAUAUGUGGCACUUUCAGUAUAACCAGAAAAUGAAACUGUCACCAAAAUGAGGUGGAACAUCAUUUUUUUUUACUAGCUGAGCCCUUAAGUCAUGUAUAUUAUAGAAAAACCAAAGAAAAAAUUUAGAAUGGCCCAUGUUAAAUGCCAUAAACACACAAACACACACACACACACACACACACACACACACACACACAUAUAUAUAUAUAUAUAUAUAUAUAUAUAUAUAUAUAUAUAUAUAUAUAUAUUCAUUUUCUCGUAAACACACGAACUAUAGAUUAUUUUCACAUAAAUAGAUAAAUAGUGAUAAUAUAUUGAAAAAAACACAGUGAAUCUUAAACACUUAAACUAUCAGUUAGUUUCUUACGAACCAAAUUCGUAUUUAGUUUGUGUGCAGAGCCAUUACCCUGGCGUUCCACCAGCAUUAGUUUGGCUGUAGUUGCCUGACGUUCCAAAUAGACUGAUACUUUGUCCAGCUGCUUUGUUCGCUCUGUAGGUGUCAUGUCUUCAGAUUGAGCACCAACAUCGACAACCAACCCACUAUCAUUAUUGCUAUUGUCUGCAGACGAACAAAAGGCGAAAUUUUCAUCAUUAGAAAUCAGACUGUAGUCAGUAUCAUUCUCAUUUAGAAGCAACUCAUUUGUGUCAUAUGUCAGGAUUCAGGGAUGUUUACAAAUUUUUCAGCAGACUGUGACUGGUCGACAUAGUCGCCAGUUUCUUUAUUCGAUGGGAAAUGGCAGUCCACAUAUCUUUCCAAUACCUCAUGAUUGUUGGUUUGUGAAGAUGAUCCCACACAGAUGUAGUCAUAUAAAUGACAUCUUUCGCAUUAAUUGAUUUCAAAACUAUUAUAACACCAUUUUCCCCCUCUUCUUCAACAACAUUGCAUAAUAUCUGUCUUUUACACAUGUGUUUAACAUUUUCAUGAUAUUUUUUUUUCAGUUGAUUGCAACAGUCCCAUCACUUUAGGUGGUAAAAAUUUCACUUUGAUGCAGCCACUGACCAGUUCUUCUACAUCUGACAGAGAGAGCAACGUCAAUGAGUAAUUAGCUCUUCAUUGUCAGAAGCAACCUUCUUGUUACACACGACACAAAUUCUUCACAGAACCACUUUUUCUAAAGCAACCAUCCAUCGACACAUUCUUUUUUAGGGGGGAGGGGAGGGGCAACUAAGAAAGUGGCAAAGGUAAAUGUGGUCUUCAGGAAAACAAGCCUAGUCUUUAAUAGGCUGGCACAGUGGUUCAAAAUCAAGAGCUGUAAAAGAAUCCAGGGACAGUAAUUCGCCCUGUCUCUUCCCCUACUCUUUCAUAUACUUCUGACAGACUGCAAGCUUGUUGCAAAUGGCAAAAAAAAAUCGAAAGUAGCUAACACAUCACUACAGCACCAUCAAAUGAAAAGGCAGUUAUCACACAUUAUUGUUAUGUAAGACAAUUGUUAUUCUUCUGAUCUGUUAGGAUGUGAGAAAUUAUCUUAAACUUUAUGCGAUCAUCUUUUCUGAGGUCUUGCACUUUGUUAACCAAUAAUAUAGCAAUAAAUUUCAAAAUCUGAAACCUGGAGAAGUCCUAAUGUGCUAUAUGAUUUCAUGUGGUACCAGUCUCUACUGAAAUGUCAUUUAAGUUUAAUUUUCUCCAGACAGCUAACUCUGUAUCAAAAAGGACAUUUAUCUUGCAAAAUUUAAAGACUGGUCCAGGUUUUCCACUUCUUCCUUAGAAACGCCUUGAACUGUAAGUGUGAAUUACUUCCAGAGAACCUAAUAUGACUAAGGUUUCUUUUUCAGUCUGUCUUAGAACAAUCAGUUUCCAUACAGCAAGGGAACAUUACACCUUUAAAUCAAUGCCUUGUUUGGUUUUUGUUUCAUUUUAUAUAUCCAGCUGUUAGCAAUGGUGUAUGAGGGUACAAUUUUUUUGUGAACAUGCCUCUAUUGUGUCAUACUGCAUAAAUGAACAUCAAACUUUAGCUCUCUUUUUGUCUGCAUCUUACCCACACCUUAAAUUUAAAUGACAAAGAUCUUCUCUCUCAUUUUGACUGUGUCGUCAUUGAAAAGCUUAAUUCCUUAUUUUUCCUGACAUGAACACAUGAAAAUAGCAAAAUUCAUAGUGUGGUUAUCAUUAAAUGAAUAACAGCGAUGGUUGUGCAUGACAGUGGCCUAGUGACUAGUCGAUUCUGUGAUGAAUCAAAUUAGAUUUGAAGAACAGGAUGAACUAUUUUGUUGUAAAAGAAAUAUAUUCUAAAUAAAAUAUUCAUUACACUCUAUUCACAGGACUGUGGGAUGAAAAGUAUUACAACAAUAUUUAUGGACAUCAUUACAUCUGCUUGGAAAGUUAUGCCAUAUUCUUUUCUAGAGGUGAUAGGGAUGGAAAACAUAUUUUUGUAAGACUUAUUGAAGAAAAAUACAUUGCAUUUUCCAAGAUGGUGCUCACAUGAGAUAUGAAUUACUUGAUCUCAGUGAAGAGCAAGAAUAUGCUCCCUUAUCAACUGAAAAUAACUUACCUAAUUUCGAAUAGAAUGCUUCUAUUUGUAUUGACUAAUUUACUGUCUGGGAACCUGAAGAUAUGUACUUAGUAAUACUAAUCACUGUCCAUUGUACAUUUUGUGUAUGUAAACGUCCAGUGUUGAAAAGUAAUAAAACUGAGUACCAAGUUGUUUUAAUCUCCAGCAUUUAUAACAGUGAUAUUCCUUUACACCUUCAUGUUAACAAGUACCAUAUAAGAUGUCUAAACAAAACAAAAAACACAAAAGAAUUUCAUAAUGCCAAAAUGGAUGUUGUGAUAGAUAAUGCUGUAAAAUAAUCAAUUGUGGAUACAAAUGUGAAUGUUAUUUUGAACGCCAUCCUGUGCACUAAAAACUCAAUGGUUGAAUAUUUUAUUUGACAUCUGCCUAUUCCUGAGAUUUUUUUACUUGUAGAUGUAAGAGCAAGCUGAAAAAGUUCUCCACUUAUCCAGAGAUGACCCUGAUAUCAACAGAAUUUUGGUGCUGUUUGUGUGGCUUUUUAAAGCAAAUGUAUUGGUUGAAUUCAUUUAAAUUUGUAAUUUGACAUAUGGUGAUGUCAUAAUUAUGAGGGCUGUUC